AGACCGCCGGCCCUUGACGCGCUACGAGGCCGCCAUCUGUACUCGUCGUCCGAUGUUGUGAUGCCACCGUUGACCAUGGCCACGCCAGGCACUGCCGGAAUUCGCCUAGGGCCCGUUGACGUGCGGCCUGGCACCUCGUCCAUUCACCGCGCCCCCGCCGUCGAACACCGCGGCUUUGUGCGGGCGGCCGGAAUCAAAUACUCGGCGUCGUCGCGCCGUUAUCGAAUACCCGCACCUGAAACGCCCUGAGCUCGAGUCAGCAGCCCUUGCGCCAGCCCGGGGGUGGGGCGAGAGAGGCAUGUAGCCUCUUUGGGUGCGUCCUACCGAGAAGGGGCUGCAGAUUCGCAGUCGUCAUGCCAAUGACUGGAGUCAUUGGCGCCUGCGGGCGAUUCGUCCCUCCUAAAUGAGCAGGUGGUGGGGCUCGGACGCUGUAAGAUGCACGGUGCGCGCAUUCUAGCCGUGCGCCAAAAGUGGUGCACCCUUCGUGUUUAGACACACUGCAGAGAACUGGCGGACGCAGUUCGAAUGUCAGCGCGCCAAAGCAGUCGGGGAUCGCGAGACGUCUGCCCGGCCGUUCCGUCCACGGUCUCCGUGAGAACGUGUCUUCCGAGGUUUUAUUCCGCAUCACGGUCAUCUGAAUGUCAUCGCUCACCUAUUCGCCCGAGUAAACCGCAGUCGACCGCUUCUUUGUGCGACCUGGAAAAGGCCCGCGGGUCUCUCUCAACGGUGGCUCGUCCCUGACGACUACGACAUGCCCCCCCCCCCGCCCAGUCCCGUGCUGGCCAUGGGAACAGCCGGUCGAGGCGUGUCCGGACGACGUGCGCUUCGUG